GUAUCGAGGGGUAAUAUAUAUAGCAAAACAUUUCUUCUUCUGUAUCUGUAUUCACUUGCAGAAAAUUUCCCUUUCAGAAGAAAAACAAUUCUCUUCAAUCUAUUCUCCAUUGAAAUCUCUUCGUUAAAUCUCCAUUCCUAUGCUCCAUAGAAAUUCUUUGUUCAAUUAAUCUUUACUCGGUUCUGAAUUUAGGGUUCAGGAUUUUGAUUUGAUCGAAUAUUCAGUCAUCAUCUAAGAUGUAACCCUAAACUCGAAAUUGGGUGAAUUGGUUGAAUUAGUUCCACGUUGAUUACUUUACAUAGAAUCAUCAACCAUAUGUUUUCUAACUCGAAGUUUAGAUUUGGAAAAAAGUUCUUAUUGAUGAACUAUUUGAGGUUAACACUUUUUGUUGGAAUAGAUUAUCGGUGAUGUUUAUGCAUAGGAUGGUAAAGAUAGAAAUUGAAAUGUUGCAGGCCCCAAUCUGAUGGUAGUUUAUGGCGCUUCUUAUCCUGCCAUCUCCAAGGGUUCAGUGCCAUAACCCCCUUAUCGCCUCAGGUUUGACUAAAUUAUCAGCUAUUGGAUUCUUGGUUUUCAAUUGGACUUUUCUGCUUUCUUGACUCAGGUUUGUCCUUAAGGGAAGGAUACUAGCCUUAGGUGUUAUAAAAAUGCAGGGAAAGGGUAAGAAUGCAUUUGGCAGGACAGCCAUUGGUUUUGAUUCGGUUUAAACUUGAGAUGAACGACAAAGGCAUGAUCCAGAGGGGAUAGUGGAAUGCCAAGAAGCCUGACAUUUUUUUGUCUUCGAGCUUUGCCGCGUAAAUAUACACCUAAUCGCGUCCAUGAGGAUCUUGCUUUGCCAGGCCUAUCAUCUACCUGUAGUCUUAGCUUGGCAGUCAUGAUCUGCCAAUGCACAUUUCUCGAGACUUUACAUGUAAUAAUUAUGCUCAGGAAUUGUAGCUGACAGUGUUAACUACAUCAGUUGGAGCUGGCAGGAUUGUUUUUCGUCUUCGCCAAUGCAUAAAUUUGUUGCACAAUCAUAGACUAAUCAAAAAAUGGACGGAAUGAGUAACAUAUAGAAUACAUUUUUUCAAUAUUCAUUACAAAUAGACGAGUGGCUUAAAGAAACUGAUUCCAUGGAUACCCAAGUUUCGCUUAAGAAUGACGAAGCUGAUAAUGGCGGGAAUCCCAUUGAAGUGAAAACUGAGCUGUUAGGUUCUAUGGAAAUUCCUGUAGUUCAAGAAACUUGUAAAGAAUCGAUUGGUAUUGAUUCUUCUAUUGAGAUAGCGUUGGAGAAAGUUAGUCUAGUUGGAACCUCUGAGAGUUCUGAUAUUCUUGAUAUGAACAGCGAGGCUGUUGUUACCUCUGGAAGUAGGGAUUGUUUGCUUGAAAAGAAUUUGAUGGUGAGCGAAGGAGGAGGAAAUGACGUUUCUUUGGUUGAUGAUCCGACAAAAUCAGAUAAUAAUGUCGAUGAAGGCGAUAAAAAGAGUAGUGAGAUAGUUAAAGAUAGCAAAGAUGGUGAUGAUAGUAGUGAGUCUGAGGAUGAGGAUGAGGAUGAUGAUGAUGAUGAAGAGUCCGAGGAUGAGUCAUCUUCAAGUAGUGAUUCAAGUGAUGAAGAAGAGGAGGAAGAGAAGAUGGCUGAUGUUGAAGAAGGUGAAAUUAAGGAUUUAGAGGAGUUGAUUGGGGAAAGUGAUGGGGACGAGGAAGGGUUUUCAGUGAAAGGACCUAUUAAGUCAAAGAAUGAGGUUCAGGAUCUUCCUCCAGUUCCAAAAGUGGAUGUCACCUUGGAACCACAUCACCAGACAUUACCUGUGGGAGUUGUACUGACUAUGAUGGAUGCUAAAGUUAUUGUAGAAGGGGUAGAGAAGCACAAUCCUCUCAAUGAAGGCUCUAUCCUUUGGAUAACAGAAAGCAGAUCAGUGCUUGGAUUGGUGGAUGAAAUUUUUGGGCCUGUUAAGAACCCGUACUACGUUAUUAGAUACAAUUCAAAAGAGGAAGUCCCUGCUGGAAUUUCUGAAGGUACCCUAAUCUCCUUUGCUGUGGAGUUUGCGGAUCAUGUCCUCAAUGACAAAAAUAUUUACAAGAAGGGGUAUGAUGCAUCUGGUGAGAACGAUGAGGAGUUGACUGACGAGGCUGAAUUUUCGGAUGAUGAAAAGGAAUCUGAGUACAAGAGAAUGCAAAGAAUGACAAAGAGGGGUCCUUCAGAUGAUAAGAAGCAUGGGAAGCGGGACUUCGUUGAGAAGAAGAAGUUUCAGCAGAAGCCUAGAAACGUGAACAACAAUCAAACUUCAUUCCCACCUUCAAGUGUUCCUCAUCACCAGAUCCAUGGUGGUUCCGGUAGUUCUCCAUCCCCUUUUGGAACAGGAAUGACAAAUGAUUUUAGGCCUCCCUUUGGCCCAUCUACCGCACAGGUCCCACAGGCUCACAGUGGUCCUGCUCCACAGCAGCAUUCACUGCGUCCCAACAUGGGUCCUGCAUUACAGCAGCAUCCAAUGCCCUCCAACAUCGGUCCUGCAUUACAGCAGCAUCCAAUGCCCUCCAACAUGGGUGCCGCACAACAGCAGCAUCCACUGCCUUCCAACAUGGGUAUUGCACAACAGCAGCAUCUACGGCCUUCUAACAUGGGUGUCACACAACAGCAGCAUCCACUGCCUUCCAACAUGGGUAUCGCACAACAGCAGCAUCUACGGCCUUCUAACAUGGGUGUCGCACAACAGCAGCAUCCACUGCCUUCCAACAUGGUCUGGCCAAGUGGGCAGCCAUAUCAGCAGCAUCCACUGCCUUCCAACAUGGGUAUCGCACAACAGCAGCAUCUACGGCCUUCUAACAUGGGUGUUGCACAACAGCAGCAUCCACUGCCUUCCAACAUGGGUAUCGCACAACAGCAGCAUCUAGGGCCUUCUAACAUGGGUGUCGCACAACAGCAGCAUCCACUGCCUUCCAACAUGGUCUGGCCAAAUGGGCAGCCAUAUCAGCAGCAUCCACUGCCUUCCAACAUGGGUAUCGCACAACAGCAGCAUCUAUGGCCUUCUAACAUGGGUGUCGCACAACAGCAGCAUCCACUGCCUUUCAACAUGGUCUGGCCAAAUGGGCAGCCAUAUCAGCAGAAUGUCGGUUUCCCUAAUGGAUUUCCCAUGAAUGCAAUGCCGUAUGUCUCGUAUCAACAACCUCAGCCUUUCUAUCAGCCACAAAUGUUUACAGGAUUCUCAAGUGGGCGCCCAAUGCCACAGCAUUUUAAUCCUAGCCAAAGGCCGAUAUUACAGCCAAUGCUAUAUGGGCCGUCAAAUAUCCCUCCAGGGAUGCCACCGGUUAUGCCUGUGUUCAUGGCCCAACCUGGGUUCAACCAGGGACCUAUUCCGAUGGGUUUUCAGGGUUUUCCACCAUGCCCACACAUGAACCCUGGAGAGCAAGGAGUUCCCCAGGGAUUACCCAAUGUACAUCAUAUGAAUGUGGGAGAACAAGACACUCAGUCUCAAGUACAAGGACCAUCAAAUGAUCAGAUUAACGGAGUGCCACCACCUUCAACACAAGGCAAUUUUUCAGCUCAGAAUAGGUUUAAUAAUCGGGGAGCACCACGUGGAAGAAGACCAUAUCGGUGAGGCGGUGGGAGGGGUCGAUAUUAAACGAGGCUAUCAGGAGACCUAGAUAUCUUACCUGCUAGAGUUUCUCCUGGUGUGACACCUUUGUAACCCCACUUGCAAGCUAAGCUUAUGCUCUCUGCAGCAUAUCUACAUACACAAUUAUCGGCAAACAAUGAAGAUGGACAAUUUCAGUUGAGUGGUAUUGAAACAAAGUAAGAGGCUAAGGAAUUUUCAACUUGUACUCACUUCUUUGGGCAGGAGAAAAGAUCGUCACAUUCUCCCCAAGAUGACAUAUCAUCAGACCAGAUCCCCUGUAUUUUGUACAAAUUCAAAGCACACAAGUAAACUACACGAGUUUGUAAUAUUACAAGAUUUAACUUGAAAAAAUGUGGUUGAUGAGUU